CGUCGCGGCUGUGGCUGUCGGGCGGCGAAGCUGGAGCGGCGGUGGCGGCGGCGGCGGGAGGCCGGGGCUGAAGCUGGGGCCGGGGCUACUAGGCCCGUGGGGAGGCAGGCGGCGACGACGGCCGGGGGCUUGAGCCCGGACGCGGGAGCGGCCGCCAUGGCCGACAGCAUCAUCAUCCGUGUGCAGUCCCCGGACGGCGUGAAGCGGAUCACGGCGACGAAGAGAGAGACGGCGGCCAUGUUUCUCAAGAAGGUACCUGUGGCUCAGGUGUUCACCUGUUGGGGUCCCCGUUGCCUGGUCUGCCACCCCUGGGCUGGUCUCCCGAGCUGCCCUCUCCUGUCCCGGUUGGCGGGGCGGACCCAGGGCUGGGCUGUGCCGUGCCCCUUGCACUGCUUCGUGUGCGUCUCGCUGCUGCAGACCCGGCGACCGCGUGGAGUGGCCAUGGGGGCGUGUGGCCCCCAGAGCCGGGCCCUCGCCGCCGGGCUGCUCGCUGGGGGAGUGUGCCUCUGCUUCCAUGUGGCGCGGCGUCUCCCCCUGGGCAUCCGGGCCGAGGUGGCCGCCAUCUACGAGCCUCCCCAGGUUGGGACGCAGAACAGUCUGGAGCUGCUCGAGGACCCAAGAGCCGAGGUGGUGGACGAGAUCGCUGCCAAGCUCGGCCUGAGGAAGGUGGGCUGGAUUUUCACAGACCUGGUCUCGGAAGACACGCGCAAGGGGACGGUCCGGUACAGCCGCAACAAGGACACCUACUUCCUGAGCGCGGAGGAGUGCAUCACCGCGGGCGACUUCCAGAACAAGCACCCCAACGUCUGCCGGCUCUCCCCGGACGGCCACUUCGGGUCCAAGUUCGUCACUGCAGUGGCCACAGGUGGCCCCGACAACCAGGUGCACUUCGAGGGCUACCAGGUGUCCAACCAGUGCAUGGCGCUGGUGCGGGACGAGUGCCUGCUGCCCUGCAAGGACGCCCCCGAGCUCGGCUACGCCAAGGAGUCCAGCAGCGAGCAGUACGUGCCCGACGUGUUUUAUAAGGACAUAGACAAGUUCGGCAACGAGAUCACCCAGCUGGCCCGCCCGCUGCCCGUGGAGUAUCUGAUCAUCGACAUCACGACGACCUUCCCCAAGGACCCCGUGCACACGUUUUCUGCUUCGCAGACCCCGUUCCCCAUCGAGAACCGGGACGUGCUGGGCGAGACGCAGGACUUCCACAGCCUGGCCACCUACCUGUCGCAGAAUACCUCCUCCGUGUUCCUGGACACCGUCUCGGACUUCCACCUGCUGCUCUUCCUGGUCACCAACGAAGUCAUGCCUCUGCAGGACAGCAUCAGCCUCCUGCUGGAGGCCGUGCGGACCAGGGACGAGGAGCUGGCGCAGACGUGGAAGAAGUCCGAGCAGUGGGCCACCAUCGAGCAGCUCUGCAGCACCGUCGGGGUGCAGCUCCCGGGCCUCCAGGAGUACGGCGCCGUCGGGGGCUCCCCGCACGCCACCGCGGCCGCCAUGUGGGCCUGCGAGCACUGCACCUUCAUGAACCAGCCGGGCACUGGCCACUGCGAGAUGUGCAGCCUCCCCAGGACCUAGUGCCACCCCAGCCCUCUCUGACGCAGGGUCGUGGAGCCGUGCCCCACGGUGGGCAGCCCUGGAGGGCAGGGCAGGGGGCCUGCCCCGGGGUCUCUGGCUCACGCAGCCUCUCGGCACCAGGCUUCCCUGAAGAACGGAGCCGGGCCGGGCUCUCCGGCCGAAACCAGGCUCCUCACAGAGGAACGGGGCAGCCCCCACGGGCGCCUUGACAUGUCCGCCUGCAGAGGAGGGCGGGGUGCUUGCUGUGGCCGCCGGCCCCCCUCCUCUCUGGAUGCCGUUAGUUCUUGCCCCUCCCCUGGCUGUGGGCGGGGCUCUCGCUGGCCUCUGUGCCCUGCUGCCCUGGGGCAGAGCCUGCCUGCAGGGGCCACUUCUCCCCCUUCGGUAGCCAGUGCCCUGUGGCUACGCGAGUGGCCACGGGCCGGCCGGCCUCCGUCUGCUUGGUCUGCAGUUUCCUCGCUGCCCGCCCUCGUCCUGCUCUCAGCCGACGUCCAGGUGGGACCGUGGAGUCGGCGCCGGUUGUAACAACAGUUAUCAGUGACCCCCGCCCCGGAGACUUCUAUUUAUUUUUAUUGAGAUAAAAGCUGCAUCAGAGGGGAGUGAGAGAGACUAGUUCCACUUCUUCCCUCCAGCCGCCCCGUGGGCGUGUGCAGGGUGGGAGGGGCCCUCAGUCAGGUCUCCCUGGAAGUAAACCUCAGUGCCUGGACUCUUCUGCCCGACCGCGUGGCCGCGGGGGCCACAGAAACGAGCCCCUGGCCCAGGGCGGGGCGGUGGCUCCAGCUGGGCGGAGGCUGCUGGCCGGGUGCGUGGGGUGAGCUGGGUUUUCCAGGACUGGAAGCUCUGGGCCCUUUGCCCCCCACACAGUCCUGCCCGCCCCAGCCUCUGCACAUGGCAUGGCCACCGAGGGGCCUGUGGUGAGGUCACAGGGCGGGGGGGAGGCCUGAAGGUGGCUGUUGUGCUGAUGGUGAGGUC